AUGGUAGAGGAUCCUAUAGUGAACUAUAGCGUCCCCCUCCAGUACAGGGGAGAGGAUCCUGUAGUGAACUAUAGCGUCCCCGUCCUGUACCUGGUAAAGGAUCCUGUAGUGAACUACAACAUCCUCGUCCUGUACAGGGGAGAGGAUCCUGUAGUGAACUACAACAUCCCCGUCCUGUACAGGGGAGCGGAUCCUGUAGUGAACUACAACGUCCCCGUCCUGUACAGGGGAGAGGAUCCUGUAGUGAACUACAACAUCCCCGUCCUGUACAUGGUAGAUGAUCCUAUAGUGAACUACAACAUCCCCAUCCAGUACAGGGGAGCGGAUCCUGUAGUGAACUACAACGUCCCCGUCCUGAACAUGGUAGAGGAUCCUGUAGUGAACUACAACAUCCCCGUCCUGUACAGGGGAGCGGAUCCUGUAGUGAACUACAACGUCCCCGUCCUGUACCUGGGGAGCGGAUCUUGUAGUGAACUACAACAUCCCCGUCCUGGUCAAGGGAGCGGAUCCUGUAGUGAACUAAACAUCCCCGUCCUGGUCAAGGGAGCGGAUCCUGUAGUGAACUAUAACAUCCCCGUCCUCUACAGGGGAGCGGAUCCUGUAGUGAACUACAAUGUCCCCGUCCAGCACAGGGGAGAGGUUCCUGGAGUGAACUACAACGUCCCCGUCCUGUACAGGGGAGCGGAUCCUGUAGUGAACUACAACGUCCCCGUCCUGUACCUGAUAGAGGAUCCUGUAAUGAACUACAACAUCCCCGUCCUGUACAGGGGAGCGGAUCCUGUAGUGAAGUACAACAUACCCGUCCCGUACAAGGGAGAGGAUCCUGUAGUGGACUACUACAUCCCCGUCCUGUACCUGGUAGAGGAUCCUGUAGUGAACUACAACGUCCCCGUCCUGUACAUGGUAGAGGAUCCUGUAGUGAACUACUACAUCCCCGUCCUGUACAGGGGAGCGGAUCCUGUAGUGAACUACAACGUCCCCGUCCUGUACCUGGUAGAGGAUCCUGUAGUGAACUACAACGUCCCCGUUCUGUACAGGGGAGCGGAUCUUGUAGUGAACUACAACAUCCCCGUCCUGCACAGGGGAGUGGAUCCUUUAGUGAACUAUAACGUCCCCGUCCUGUACAGGGGAGAGGAUCCUGUAGUGACCUACAACAUCCCCGUCCUGUACAGGGGAGUCGAUCCUUUAGUGAACUAUAACGUCCCCGUCCUGUACAGGGGAGCGGAUCCUGUAGUGAACUACAACGUCCCCGUCCUGUACAGGGGAGCGGAUCCUGUAGUGAACUAUAACGUCCCCGUCCUGUACUGGGGAGCGGAUCCUGUAGUGAACUACAACAUCCCCGUCCUGUACAGGGGAGAGGAUCCUGUAGUGAACUAUAAUGUCCCCUUUCUGUACAGGGGAGCAGAUCCUGUAGUGAACUACAACGUCCCCGUCCUGUACAGGGGAGCAGAUCCUGUAGUGAACUAUAAUGUCCCCGUCCUGUACAGGGGAGCGGAUCCUGUAGUGAACUACAACGUCCCUGUUCUGAUGUCACAGUCUCCCUCACACGGGCAUGAUGAAUCCCGAAUCACUUUGCACUUCCUUGAGAGGCGUGGUCGCAACGGCGGAAUGUACAAGCCAAUGUCGACCUCAGACUUCCACACUGGAUAG